AUGUCGGAGCAACCUUGGCCUAAUACUCGAGAGGAUUGAUUGAAAGAUGUUAUUGGGGCAGGGGCAACGGCAGUUGUACAAGGUGCCCUGUGUAAACCAAGGAAUGAACCAGUGGCCAUAAAAAGGAUUAAUCUGGAAAAAUGCAAUACUACAGUAGAGGAGCUAUUGAAAGAGAUACAGGCAAUGAGCCAGUGCAAACACGAGAAUGUGGUAGGCUAUCAUACGUCAUUUGUUGUGAAGGACGAACUAUGGGUCAUCAUGAAGUUGUGCAGUGGUGGUUCCAUGCUGGAUCUCAUCAAGGUGAAAAUGCGUACGGGCAACUGCACCAACGGAGUCUUUGAUGAGCCCACCAUCGCCACCAUUCUCAAGGAGGUGUUGAAAGGUCUCGAGUAUUUCCAUAGCAACGGGCAGAUCCACAGAGAUAUCAAGGCUGGCAACAUUCUUCUGGGGAAAGAUGGAGCUGUUUAUAUAGCAGAUUUUGGUGUGUCAGCAUGGCUGGCUACAGGGAAGGAUCAGACCCGUGACUCUGUGAGACAUACGUUUGUGGGCACACCUUGCUGGAUGGCACCAGAAGUCAUGGAACAGGUGACUGGUUAUGACUUCAAGGCCGACAUCUGGAGUCUGGGUAUAACUGCCAUCGAACUUGCCACUGGGACAGCGCCCUAUCAUAAAUACCCUCCAAUGAAGGUGCUGAUGCUGACCUUGCAAAAUGACCCGCCAUCGCUGGACACUGGGGCGGAGGACAAAGACCAGUACAAGAACUACAGUAAAGUCUUCCGCAAGUUUGUGUCAGACUGCUUGAAAAAGGAGCCAGAGAAAAGGCCAACAGCCAAGCAACUGCUGAAGCAGGAGUUUAUCAAGAAAGCAAAGGACAAGGGGUAUCUGGUGAAGACACUUCUCUCAGAAGGCUCCUCUGUUAAACCUCAAAAGGUUAAACGUGUGCCCGGUUCCAGUGGACGGCUACACAAGACGGAGGACGGCACCUGGGAGUGGUCGGACGAUGAGAUGGACCCCGAGUCAGAGGACGGGCUGGCAGCAGCAGCUGAGACUGGGCGGAGAUUGCCCCUACAAGAUCUAGACGAAAAUGAAGAAGACAAUGAGUCCCCCAGGUUGAAGCAUUCAGAGGAUGACGACGAUGAUGAACUUGCGAGCGAUGCUGCAAAGCUGUCCCUGAACAAAGAAUAUGGUGGAGAAUACCAGUCUCCUGAGAAUACAAUGGAAGAAAAAUUAAGAUCAGCCCUGACAGAGAUAGAAGAUCCAUCAUCAUCUGCAACCACUCUAGAGGUGGAAAAUCCUGUCCCAAUUAAUCUUGUACUAAGAUUAAGGAAUGAAAAAAGGGAGCUAAAUGAUAUUAAAUUUGACUUCACUCCAGGUCAAGACUCCUCUGACAGUGUAUCCAGGGAACUGGUUGAGGCUGGUCUUGUGGAUGGGAAAGACAUGAUAGUUGUGGCAGCUAACUUACAGAAGAUACUAGACAAUAAACUUGUAAAAAGUCUAACUUUUGCAUUGAACUCUGGUUGUGCACCGCAUGAAGCCCCCUGUGAUAAAUCACUGAUCGGAUUCGCCCAGUUGACGAUCAAUGAAGCAUAACAUUUCCAAAGAAUUAGUUACUUUAUACAAAUUAUCGUCCAAAUUGGCGUCAACUGAGUGCUUCACUGUGUAUUGAUGGUCGCAUGGAAACAAAACAAUGUCUGCCAAUUGUGUUUAUUAGAAUGCCAUAAUUUUAAAUGGAUCUGCUUUGUUUUGUUAUAAAUGUAAUGUUUGUUAAUCUUACAACGAUUAUUUGAACAAAUAUGUAACUUGUAUUGGUAUUUCAGGGAUGCAGUGAAAUUUGUGUAGACUCUAAAUUGAUACAUUGAACGUGUUUUUUUCCUUGUUACCAUCAGUUAGGUAAUUGACUUAAAGGGAUCUUUUCACGCUUUGGUAAAUUGACAAAAUUGAAAAAAGUUGUUUCAGAUUCGUAAGUUUUCGUUUUAGUUAUGAUAUUUGUGAGGAAAUAGUAAUACUGAACAUUAACCAUGCUCUAAUAUAGACAUUAUAUGCAUCUUUUGACGAUUUUAAAACCUAAAAAUUAUAAAGCGUUGCAACGCGAAACGAUUGAAUAAUUUGGAGAGUUCUGUUUUUGUCGUUAAAUUUUGUGGAACUACGAAGAUUGCUUAUAUAAGGUAUAAAAUACGUCAAGAAUGUGUACUCGGCGGAAUAGCUCAGUAGGCUAAAGCGUUUUUACUUCAGGACUCUGGCAGGACUCCAGGGGUCACUGGUUCGAAACCUGCUCCGGGCAAUGUUCUUUUCCUUUUUUAAUUUUUUUUCUUGAUUUUUUACUGGAGCUUUUACGAUCCAAUGUUUACAUUUAUCAAUAUAAAGCAUUUAAUGAAUAAGUUAAAAAAAUGCCAAAAUCUGUUAAAAGGCCCCUUUAACCCAUAAAAGGCGUAUAAUUGUGGAUGCUUGAUACAAAUGAAUGAAUUUAUUUCAGUAAAGUUUCUUUAAAAAGUUUCCAAAAGUCAUAGUUUGCUCACAUAAUAAUUCUCAGAAUUUUACUACGUUUCUUCAUAAGUUCUUUCUAAUUUUUAAAGAAAGAUAUCCACUUUCUUCCCAUUUUAUUAUUGAUUAAUUCAGCUAUGGAUACAUGUUGAAGGAAAAAUGCCAGCAAAAUUCUGGUAUUGUGGUUCAGUGUGAUUGUUUGCAGAAGCAGAGAGACAUAUUUGAUAAACUUACACUACAAAGUUCCAAAUGAUUCAAGCAAAAUAUUGCCAAAUGUAUAAUGGUUUUGAAAAAGGGAGAAACACUACAAAGUUCCAAAUGAUUCAUGAAAAUGAUGCCAAAUUGAUAUUUGUUUUCAAAAAAUGGGAGAACAAUAUUGUGUUAUUAGUCUACAUUAAUGUGCAUAAAACAUUUUAACAAAACAAAUACUUCACAUGUAAACUUAUGGAAUUUGUUAUACUAGUAUCUUUUAACUAAAGGUUUUGUUUUCUUGUUGUCAAGUGACUACUAGAUUGAUGUUUUAACACAAAUUACAAGAAUUUGUUUUUGUUGCAUUGAGGCUAUUUCAUUUGGGUUAGAUAUCUAUAAUAUGUUUAGCUCACCUGAGCAUAAUAGUAACAUGCUCAUGGUGAGCUUUUGUGAUCACUUUUUGUCUGUCGUUGAUGGUUCGUAGUGCCUAAUUAACGUUUACUAAAACUGAUAAAAACUGAGCUGUUCUGUCAGGACUUAGUUUGGUGACCUGGGGACAUUGGCCAUUUUGAUAAAAUCUUUUGUUAUUUGCAACAGUCCGAUCUGUCAUGUAUUGUUUCAUGAUGUCUUAGUUAAAAAUGUGAAUACUUAGAAGAAGGACUGUUGUCAGUUAGCGACCUAAGUGACUAAUCUGUUUACCCAGAAAAAGUAAGAUUUGGAUUAAACAACUGAUGUUAUAGGACAGUUGGAUAUGUCGAAAUACUCAAACAAACAUAAAAUUAAACUUUAUUUUAAAAAAAUAUUGUUGAUUGUCUCACUAUCUCUCCGAGUGUCUUUGUUUGUCACAUCUAUAUUUUUUGAGUCGCCAUACUAAGGCUUGAUUGGUAGUUGUCAGCUUGGGUAAUACUUAAAUUAACCUGUGGUACUCUUACGUAUACUGAAGUGUACCAUGGGAAUGGAAAAUAUAUUAAAACGUACCCGGGAAUUCUAAGUCUAAUUUGGUCGUUUUCGGCUUCUUAUUUUUAUGCCCCCCUUUGAAGAAGAGGGGGUAUAUUGCUUUGCUCAUGUCGGUCGGUCUGUCGGUCCGUCCACCAGGUGGUUGUCAGACGAUAACUCAAGAACGCUUGGGCCUAGGAUCAUGAAACUUCAUAGGUACAUUGAUCAUGACUCGUAGAUGACCCCUAUUGAUUUUGAUGUCACUAGGUCAAAGGUCAAGGUCACGGUGACCAGAAAUAGUAAAAUGGCUUUUGAAUGAUAACUCAAGAACGCAUACGCCUAGGAUCAUAAAACUUCAUGGGUAGAUUGAUCAUGACUUGCAGAUGACCCCUAUUGAUUUUGAGGUCAAAGGUCAAGGUCACGGUGACCCGAAAUAGUUAAAUGGUUUCCGGAUGAUAACUUAAGAACGCAUACGCCUAGGAUCAUGAAACUUCAUAGGUAGAUUGAUCAUGACUCGCAGAUGACCCUUAUUGAUUUUGAGGUCACUAGGUCAAAGGUCAAGGUCACGUUGACCCGAAAUAGUAAAAUCGUUUUCCGAUGAUAACUCAAGAACGCAUACGCCUAGGAUCAUGAAACUUCAUAGGUAGAUUGAUCAUGACUUGCCGAUGACCCCUAUUGAUUUUGAGGUCACAAGGUCAAAGGUCAAGGUCACGGUGACCCGAAAUAGUAAAAUGAUUUUCGGAUGAUUACUCAAGAACGGUUUUGCCUAGGAUCAUGACACUUCAUAGGUACAUUGAUCGUGACUUGCAAAUGACCCCUAUUGAUUUUCAGGUCACUAGGUCAAAGGUCAAGGUCACAGAGACAAAAAUUAUAUUCACACAAUGGCUGCCACUACAAUGGACAGCCCAUAUGGGGGGCAUGCAUGUUUUACAAACAGCCCUUGUUCAAAUUAAUUAUGGUCAUAUGUAUGUUAAUGUUCUGUUAAAUGGCAUGUAUAUUUUGUAACUCGUGCUCUAAAAGCAUGUUGAGGCAGGUUUUUUUUGUUUUUUUAAGAUAUAUUUUUUCCUAUCCAGUAAUGCGUUUAACGACAUCGGAUUUUGGGUGGGAAUAAAACUUGGGUACAGUCCAGAUUGGCCGGAUACUUUUUAGUAUAUUUUCCGAACCCGGGGUACAUUUAAGUAUACUUAAGAGUGCUUAAAGUAUGUUUAAGUUGUACCUGCACCGCCAAUGACCAAUCAAGCCAGACUAGGCAUCAUAUGGGAGUAACUUAUGAGAGUAGCAGUUUCCCCUUCCCCUUGUGUGGAGCAUAACUUUUUAAACUGUUAAAGCUAUCAACAUGAAACAUCAUACAUAAAUCUAUUUGAGACGUGAUUUUGGGUGGGAAUAAAACUUGGGUACAGUCCAGAUUGGCCGGAUACUUUUUAGUAUAUUUUCAGAACCCGGGGUACUUUUAAGUAUACUUAAGAGUGCUUAGAGUAGGUUUAAGUUGUACCUGCACCGCCAAUGACCAAUCAAGCCAGACUAGGCAACAUAUGGAAGUAACUUAUGAGAGUAGCAGUUUCCCCUUCCCCUUGUGUGGAGCAUAACUUUUUAAACUGUUAAAGCUAUCAACAUGAAACAUCAUACAUAAAUCUAUUUGAGACGUGUAGUGUACAAGAACUGAUGCUAUGCACCUGGCGUUAAUGCCCUUCGUUUAUUUUCAUACUUCCUUUUUGUCUCAAGCCUAACUCUCAGGCUUUCAAAGAUACUAAUUUCAACUAAUUCCAUAUGAUCAAUAGCUCUGCAUCGCCUAGUUUUGGAGUUACAACCCUUGUUAAUCGUGAUACUUUUUCUUUUUAUGCCCCCUUUCGAAGAAGAGGGGGUAUAUUGCUUUGCUCAUGUCGGUCGGUCGGUCAGUAGGUCGGUCGGUCUGUCCACCAGGUGGUUUUCGGAUGAUAACUCAAGAACGCUUGGGGCUAGGAUCAUGAAACUUCAUAGGUACAUUGAUCAUGACUUGCAGAUGAACCCUAUUGAUUUUGAGGUCACUAGGUCAAAGGUCAAGGUCACGGUGACCCGAAAUAGUAAAAUGGUUUCCGGAUGAUAACUCAAGAACGCAUACGCCUAGGAUCAUGAAACUUCAUGGGUAGAUUGAUCAUGACUCGCAGAUGACCCCUAUUGAUUUUGAGGUCACUAGGUCAAAGGUCAAGGUCAUGGUGACCCGAAAUAGUAAAAUUAUUUUCGGAUGAUAAUUCAAGAACGCAUAUGCCUAGGAUCAUGAAACUUUAUAGGUAGAUUGAUCAUGACUUGCAGAUGACCCCUAUUGAUUUUCAGGUCACUAGGUCAAAGUUCAAGGUCACAGUGACCCGAAAUAGUAAAAUGAUUUUCGGAUGAUAACUCAAGAACGCAUAUGCCUAGGAUCAUGAAACUUCAUAGGUAGAUUGAUCAUGACUCGCAGAUGACCCCUAUUGAUUUUAAGGUCACAAGGUCAAAGGUCAAGGUCACGGUGACCCGAAAUAGUAAAAUGAUUUUCGGAUGAUAGCUCAAGAACGCUUUUGCCUAGGAUCAUGAUACUUCAUAGGUACAUUGAUCGUGACUUGCAGAUGACCCCUAUUGAUUUUCAGGUCACUUGGUCAAAGGUCAAGGUCACAGUGACAAAAGUCGUAUUCACACAAUGGCUGCCAGUACAACGGACAGCCCAUAUGGGGGGCAUGCAUGUUUUACAAACAGCCCUUGUUUGGAACGUAAUUCUCAAAUUCUAUGAAAGCUAUCAUAUCGAAAUUCAUACAUAGAUAGAUCUCCUGAAAGACAACCCUUACUUUGCAUUUCAUUCUACUUAUUACCCUAUGAAAAUUUAACUAUUAGAAGUAAUGUGACUUAUUCCAGAUUUUUUUAUAAUUUCUUACAUUUAAAAUUAGUGAUAAGAGUUCAGUGCAUUUAAUCAUUUGUCCGCAACUCAUUUUUAUAAUAAUAUGUCUUGUUAUUAUUUGAAGUGUUAUAGCAGUUAAAAUUGUGUUCUUCCGCAAAUGUUCUUUGUAUUUUUCUUAAAAUGUUACUUAUACACACUGAUUGUGCUGUUUUGUAGUUCUUAAUGUUAAAUAAUCACUUAAAAGAAAUGGGUUAUUAAAAUUUUAUUCAGUUGUCAAAACAGUCAGAUCUGUCAUGUAUUGUUUCAUGAUAUCUUAGUUAACCCUUUUAGUGCGGGAACCGAAUUUUGAAGGCCUUUGCAAACAGUUUGGAUCCAAAUGAGACGCCACAGAACGUGGUGUCUCAUCAGGAUCCAAACUGUUUGCUAUUCUGAUAGUAUUCUUUGAAAAAAAAAUCAAAGAAAAUGCUAAUUUUUGAAAUUUAGCAGACAACAUUUUAGCAGACUACAAAUUUCCCAGCAUGCAAAGGGUUAAUAGUGUGACUACUUAGCGACCUAAGUGAUUGAUCUGUUUACCCUGAAAAAGUAUGAUUUGGAAUAAUAUACCGCUGUUAUAUGACAGUUGAAUAUGGCGAAAUUCUCAAACAAACAUAAAAUUAAACUGUAUCUCAAACAGCAUACAUUUCUAAGCUUUAAGAGGUUUUACAUUUAGGUUUUUAAUUUUGGAUCCAAAUAAUGGUCUGAAACUGUGAUUGUAAUGAAGGUCUAGAAAUGCUUGUUAUACAGUCAAGAAUUGAGAAAGGAACUGUUUAAGAUUUCUGUGUCACUAUCACGUGCAAUAGAGGGAUGCUCAGUCCUUGAUAUUUAAAUAAUGCAAUUAACCUAUGAGCGGCGCUGUGGAAAAACAGGGCUUAAUGCAUAUGCGUUAAGUUUUGUCCCAGAUCAGCCUGCGCAGUCUACCCAGGCUAAUCAAGGACAACUCUUUUCAGGUUUAUGGAAUUUUUCAUUUAACUGAAGUCUCUUCUUAAUGAAAUCCAUUCUAGGGGGAAAGUGUCGUCCCUGAUUAGGCUGUGCGGACUGCAAAGGCUUAUCUGCAAUGAUGCUUAACACUUAUGCAUUAAGCCCUGUUUCUGUCCUCUACCGGUGAAACCGGAGGGGACUGAUGGUUUGCACUCCGUCUGUCUGUCAGUCUGUGUGUCUGUCUGUCAGUCAGUCCGUCACACUUUUCUGGAUCCUGCGAUAACUUAAAAAGUUCUUAAUAUUUUUUCAUGAAACUUGAAACAUGGAUAGAUUGCAAUAUGGAGAUUAUGCACGUCAUUUCAUUUUGUUUCUACGUCAAAAAUACUGGUUGCUAUGGCAACAAAUAUAUAAAAUAAAUAAAUACUGACAAUGGUUGAGUUUCACCGGUAGGGGACAAUAUUGCUUGGCAAUCUCUUGUUGAGUUUCACCGGUAGGGGACAAUAUUGCUUGGCAAUCUCUUGUUGAGUUUCACCGGUAGGGGACCAGCUAUUGCUUGGCAAUCUCUUGUUUCAGAGUGCCACUCAUAUAUUAGUCGCAUUUUGAAAAAAAUUGGCAUAAUGCAUGUGCGUUAAGUGUCGUCCCAGAUUAGUGUCUGCAAUCUGCACGGGCUAAUCAGGGAUGACACUUUCCGCUUUUAUAACAUUUAAAUUGAAUCUCUUCUUAGCAAAAUUCCAAUUUAGGCGGAAAGUGUCGUCCCUGAUUAACCUGUGCAGACUGCCCAGAUUUCUCAGAACGCAACCCAUAUAUGCAUUAAGCCCUGUUUUUCCAUAGUGCGGCUCAUAUAUUUAUGGGUAUGAUAAUUUCAGUAUUUGAAGCUUUAGUUUGUGUUGGUGAUAAUGUUAAUAUGUGCUGUGUUUUGAACAAUGCUUGUUCUUAUAGUAUGAAGUGUUUGUUUUUAUGUUCAAUCAUGUUCAUGCCAAAAACGUUUGAAAUUUCUUGUCUAAUCUAUUUGUCACAAGCUUUUACUAGUAUAUUAUAAUCAUCAACACUUUAAACACUUACCUCAUUAUCUGGAUAAGAAAUUUUCUGAUUAUUUUUUUAAUUACAACAAUAACAUUUUGUGAAUAUACUAAGCAUACUUUCAACUUAUAUGCUUAUUAACAAAAACUCGGAAUAAAUAUUAUUAUUUU